ACAGUUCUAUCGAUGGAUUCGGCUAAUCCUAGGCCAGAUAAAGUUGCUCAACUUCACAAAGAAUAUACGAUACCGCAUGGUCACCACCUGCUUAGCCAUACCAGGGCUGACAAUUACUUUAAUUAUGUCCACUCAGGUGUUCCAAGGCACAUCACGAUAUUUGAAGAGGAUGGCUGGUUAGAACUCCCUGAGGCAUUAUCACGGCCUUUCAUUAAAGGAUUCAGAGAGGGAAGAUCCUCUGUAAAUUUAUAUGUGAACAAGGAGCUAUUUCUCUUAAUUGAUUUCUCCUCAAUGGUCCUGAUAAAUAUCAGAAUUCGGAAGAUGCAGUCAGUGGCAUGGAUGGACGAAGCUGGCAAGUCCUUUUUACCUUAUAUGGCUCUUCUGCAGGAGGGCAUUCCUCCAACCGAAUUUGAUGCCUGGAUCUUGGCCUGUGGAUGUGGGAUACAAAGUGCAAGCAGUUUACAACUUGCAGAAAAUGAAGUUCCAAUCUCACAGCAGCCUUUUCUAUAUCCAUUUGUGUCUAGACUUCAAAGAAGCAGUGCAAGUUUUCUUGCUGUUCAGGAAACAUUUUUAUCAGGAAUGGGGCCAUUUGCAACACCUGCUAGCAUAUUAGAUAUCUAUGCGUGCAAUGGUCGACAUAGGCUGGAAGCCUUCGAGAGACAAAUAGAGUUCACUGCUAGGGAACGUGGGAAUGCAAAUGUGAAGUAUGGAUGGUAUGGCUCAACAGACAACCGCAUAACCGAAGCUCUUAUAAAUGGUUUUGGCCACAGUGGGAGGCUCAGUGAAGUAGGAGUUCUAGGCACUGGCAUCUAUUUGACACCUCAGGAUCGUGCUUUUGCCAGCAUUAGACUCUGUGAAGUGGGAAGUGGAGUACAACAUAUGCUGCUUUGCCGGGUUAUCAUGGGGAAUGCAGAGCAAGUCCGGCCAGGAUCAAAGCAAUACUGCCCUAGAAAGAAAUAUGAUAUGGGUGUUGACAAUGUUCUAAAUCCAAAGUGUUACAUUGUGUGGUCGACACAUCUGGACAAAUAUAUCUACCCAGAGUACAUGGUCCGUUUUGCACUGCCCUCAAGAAACAAGGAGUACUUGUGUGGACUAAAGGAUAUAAGGUUCCAUGUGGAAGAUCACAAGGCUUGGUAUGAAUUAGCGGGGUCAUUAGAACCUUUUGCACUGCUGUAUGUAGAACUCCAUGAUAGGAUAGCUCCUUGGGCUAGGAGAUUGUUUCUUCAUUAUCUUAUGGAGUUUAAGAGGGAUAUAAUAACUCGAGAAGUUCUAAUCAUGAAAAUGGGUUCAUUUGUUCAAGAGCUGCUUCCAGCACCUGAAACAGCCACAGGAAGAGGGAGUGAUCAUAUGGCAUCUUCCAUCAUUCCUGGUAACACUUUUGGACCAGGAACGGAGUCUACUUCAGCAAUGAUGUGUAGGAUUACUUUUCUUGCAAUGGCUACAGAAAACAGAAGUACUGGAAUGACACAGCCUGGUAAUUCUGCUUCAAGACAGUAG